GUCGGCGGGCGCGGCAAUGGGAGGCGUGCGGGGCCCCCACAGGGCCGCUCUGCGGGCCCUGGUCUCGCUGGCCGUGGGGCUGCUGGCGAGCGGAGGGGCCAGCGAGUACGACUAUGUCAGCUACCAGUCCGACCUGGGGCCCUACCCCGGCGGUCGGUUCUACGCCAAACCCCACCAGUGCGUGGCCAUUCCCGCUGACCUGCGGCUCUGCCACAGCGUGGGCUACGACAAGAUGGUGCUGCCCAACCUGCUGGACCACGAGACCAUGGCCGAGGUGAAGCACCAGGCCAGCAGCUGGGUGCCCCUGCUCAACAAGAACUGCCACAUGGGCACCCAGGUCUUCCUCUGCUCCCUCUUCGCACCCGUCUGCCUGGACCGGCCGGUCUACCCGUGCCGCUGGCUCUGCGAGGCCGUGCGUGACUCCUGCGAGCCCGUCAUGCAGUUCUUUGGCUUCUUCUGGCCCGAGAUGCUCAAGUGUGACCAAUUUCCUCAGGACGAUGUCUGCAUUGCCAUGACGGCUCCCAACGCCACCGAGGUCUCCAGGCCCAAAGGAACGAAUGUGUGCCCUCCCUGCGACAACGAGAUGAAGUCGGAGGCCAUCGUGGAGCAUCUGUGUGCCAGCGAGUUCGCUCUUAAGAUGACCAUAAAGGAAGUGAAGAGGGAGAAUGGGGACAAGAUGAUCAUUCCACGGAAGAGGAAGGCGCUGAAGCUGGGCCCCAUCCGGAAGAAGAACCUGAAGAAGCUGGUGCUGUUCCUGAAGAACGGCGCUGACUGCCCCUGCCAUCAGCUGGACAACCUCGGCCACUACUUCCUCAUCAUGGGCCGCCAGGUCAAGACUCAGUACCUGCUGACAGCCAUCUACAAGUGGGACAAGAAGAACAAAGAGUUCAAGAAGUUCAUGAAGAAGAUGAAAUCUCCUGACUGCCCAACAUUUCCGUCCGUCUUCAAGUGAUGCAGUGGGUGGUGGCAGAGCCUCCCGGACCUGGCGCAGCAGCUGGGACCCCCCUGCUCCUCCCUCGUGCUCCUCGGAGCUUCCCUCGCCGCCCCCAGCCCUCCCACCUCCCCGCUGCUGGCAUUUUCCUGCUCGCCUGGGCGUGCAAAGCGUGACACACGAUGCUUUCAUCCAAAGCCCUG